GAUGGUGAAAACCAAACAAAAUGCAAAGAGCUCCAAACACUCGAAAUGCUUCACAUGCUUCAAGAAUAUGGCUCAGAGAAGAGAGCUGAAUAUGGAGGCCACUUCCUGCCUGGACGCGCACCACCCCAAAGAAUCUUACGUUUUUAAAAUAGUUCUUCUGGGUAGUUCCUCUGUAGGAAAGUCAAGCUUGGCCUACCGUUAUGUGAAGAAAGACUUCCGGGACUCUCUGCCUACAGUGGGCUGUUCCUUCUUCACUCAUAUCCUAAAUUUAGACAAUGCUACCAUUAAAUUGGAGAUCUGGGACACAGCAGGACAAGAAAAGUACCAUAGUGUUUGUCAUCUCUAUUACAGAGGUGCUAAUGCUGCUGUUCUGGUUUAUGAUAUCACUAAGAAGGAAAGUUUGGAGAAAGCCAAAGUAUGGCUAAGGGAAUUGGAGAAGGAAUUCCUUCAUGAUGAAAUAAUUAUAGUUUUGGCUGGCAAUAAGGUAGAUCUUUCAGCAGAACGAGAGGUCACGCUACAGGAGGCAAAGGACUUUGCAAAAACAAAAAAUAUGUUGCACAUGGAAACAUCAGCAAAAACCAAUCACCAGGUGACCGAACUCUUCACAUCCCUAGCUCAUGAACUGUUAAAACAAGAGCAACAUAAAGAGAAACCCUCUCAUACAACACACCGUUCGAAAGCAAACAUUGAUUUACGAGAAACAACAUUUAACAAAAUUAAAUGCUGCCAGAAAUAAAGCCAAGCAUUCUAAUAUGAAAUGGGCAUGUGGAUAAUCACAGGUGGCUGGAAUUCAAAAGAAACAGGAGUAGAACCAAACAUUGUUCAAGAACUGAAGCAGGAGAGUUAUUUACUGAAUUUUGUGAAGCUGGCAUUCUGUUCAUCAUAAGUACAUUCUUCAGGCAAAUGAAGAGACAAUUGUAUACAUAAGCAUCACUGGAUGGCCAGUACAAAAAUAAAAUAGACUACAUAAUUGGAAGUAGAUGAUGCAGAAGGCCGUUAUGUACAGAAACAAGACCAGGACUGGUUUGCAGCACUGUCCAUGAACUUAUAAUAUAAAAAAUGGAGUAAAACUAAAGAAUAUAAUUACAUCAACCAUAGUGCCAAGACACAGUAUAAAGACCAUUGAUGUAAUAUUUAAAGACCAGGUAAAAAACAGACUUGUGCUGUUCAACCUAACUGACAAUGAACCAGAAGAACUGUGGACCCAAAGCAGGGACAUUAUCAGGAAGGACUCUAUAGCCAAAAGAGAAAGAAAAGCAUUAAUAGAUAACUGAUGAAAAGUUUGGAACAGUUAGGGAAGAUAAAUCCUGAAUACAACUAUUCAACAACAUGAACUGUAUGGAGGGUCAAAUAGAAGUAUUAUAAGUGUCAGUAAAAAAAAAAAAGGUGUCAAUAAAAAGAGAACAAGAGACUUCAACAAGAUUCAAGAUUUCAAAGCAUAAAGAUACCCACUGGUCAAUAGUGGAACACAUUACAUGAUCAGUACAAAGGAAAAAGAUGAAGGAAGCAACUCUCUGCUCACAUUUUCAAAGCACUUGGGAGAAAUGAAUAACCAGGAACAGAUGGCAUACCAACAGAGCAGUUUCAAACAACAGAAAUGCAGUCCAUCUAAAUACUAACUAAAAACUGUCAACCAAAAUGGGGAAAAAAACAAUCAUGCACAGACUGGAAAAGCUCAGUAUAUGUUCCAAUACCCUCCAAAAAGGGACACCAGGGAUUGUAAUUGUAGCAAUCAUUGGAGCAUGGGCCUUAUCUGCCAAGCAAGCAAAGAAAUGCUUGAGACUUGUUAUCACAUUGGCAAGGAUGAAUACCAUAUUUCCACGCUGGAUUCAGAAAAAGAAGAGGCACUAGAAAUUAUACUGCAAAUAUAGAUUGGCUAAUAGAGAGUACUGAAGAAUUUCUAGAAGAAAAUCAGUCUUUGCUUUAUAGAUUAUGACAAAGUCUUUGACUUUGUAGAUGAUGGAAAAUAUUGCACCAUUCUAAAAGAAACAAGAGUUCACCAACACUUCAUUGUACUGAUGUAUAACCUGUACUUUGUACUAGAGACCACUGGCGAUAGAAGAUGGUGAAACAGAAUGAUUUUCAGUUGGCAAGGGGGGUAGGGCAAGACUACAUUUUUUCACACUAUAUGUUUAAUUUAUACACAGAACACAUCAUGCAGGAAGUGGGAUGAGGCUCAGAGUGAAAAGUGGAAGAAGGUACAUCAUCAUUUUAAGAUAUUCCGAUGCCACCAUAUUACAAUCAGUCCUCGGUAACCACAGGGGAUCCAUUCUGGAAAUCCCAUGGAUACCAAAAUUUGCAGAUGCUUGAGUUCCAUUUUCCCAGCCAUGUGUCUGCACCGCAAUUGGAGACAGCAGGAAUCCACUGGUCAUCAUCCUCCCUUGAAAAAUGGUAGGAAAGAGGAAGACUGCAGGGCUCACGAGGCUCAUAUGGGAGAAUAUAGUCCAUUAGCACGAACCUAAGGAUUGUAGUACUGUACUUAAUAGGUCAGAACCAGCAGUUCGAAAUAAA